AUGGGCAUGUUUCAAUCAAGUGAUCAAUUGCAAGCCAAUGCUUCUGAUCAAGGAUUUGGGAUAAAAAGAAGGUUAACAAUAGACCAUGAUGAAAAUCUUAGAAUCUAUAGUUUAAUUAAUUCAACGGGACUAUGGAUGAUAACACGGCAAGCGUUUUCACAACCUUGUCAAGUACAUGGAGUGUGUGGAAGAAAUGCGAUCUGUGUUUAUGCACUGAAACCCAAGUGCAUAUGUACCCCUGGAUUUGAAGUAAAUGAUCCAAGUGACUGGAGUGAUGGUUGUAAGCCUGCUUUCAAAGAAAACCUCUUGAAUUCACAAGUAAAAUUUGUGGAGCUUUCCCAGACAAAUUAUAUUGGGUUUGAUCUGGAUUUCCAACCAGAUUUUACACUUGAAGCUUGCCAAAAACUAUGUUUAGGAAUUCCCAUUGCAAGGCAUUUACCUACAGGACAUGAGGAAAUGGACAUAGCUAUGCAAGAAGUGAUCUUUUUAAUGACUUUACAUCUCCAGAUUUUCCUGGAAGUGAAACAAGGUGUUCCAGCUUUGGUUGAAGCUGGAUAUCGCAUCAUAUCAAAAGGGAGACACCGACUCUUAGCAAAUGAAUAUGUCGACAACAAGUCACUUGACAAACAUCUUUUCAACUCAAAUUUUCUAGGAUGGAAACAAAGAUAUGCAGUUGCAUUAGGUAUGGCCAAAGAUUCCAGAUUUUGGGCUUGCAAAACUGUCCCGGAGAGAUGGCCCUGGUUCAGAGGGACAAAAGGCUACAUGGCUCCUGAGUGGGCACUGAACCAUCGUAUCACUGCAAAGGUCAAUGUCUAUGGAUAUGGAGUUGUAGUCCUGGAGAUGAUAAAGGGAAUGAAGCUCUCAAAUUGGGCGGUAGAUAGUACAGACAACCAAGAACUUCCCCUUAAAAGUUUAUGCAAAACAGUGAAGGAAAAAGUUCAGUGUGGAAACUCCUCUUGGGUAAAGAGCAUAGUAGAUCCACGAUUGGAAGGUACGUUUAGAAGAAACCAGGCAGCUACAUUGAUUCUAAUAGCCAUUUCUUGUGUAGAGGAAUAUAGAAGCAAGAGGCCAACAAUGGCUUCAGUGGCCCAAACUCUCAUGGAAUGCGAAGAUGGAACAGAAAUCACAAUUCCAGUCAAAAUGUAA